UGCAUUCGAGUACGGUACCCUGGCCCUUUUUCGCCUUUAACUGCUUGUGCAACAGGGCUAUUGACUGGCUACUGCGUUUGCUGGCCCGGCUUGCUAGUUGCAUUCGCAUCUGCGCUCGCAUUGCUCCUUCAAUCUUUCCCGCCUGCCGCGUUCCCUCUUCGAGGUUGCUCCUCCCCUCCUUUGACGCCUCCUUCUACGCCUCCCUCUGACUUCUCCUCUUCACCUGCUUCUUCACCUCCAACCUCGGCCUCGCUUCUCCUCGCUCCUUCAUUCCAGUUUUUCUCCAAACUUCCUUCCCUCCUUCUCUGGUCCGAAUUCGCUUUAUCCCCGCCGUUAACCUCGACCCACGACGAGCAGACCCGCCCGAAAUCAAGCUCCGGAGAGGACUGGGAAAGGCAGCUCUUUUGGCUCCCGAGCCGUGGCAGCACUGCCCAGUUGCGAUUGCGGAGGGUCCCUAACUAGUGCGAAGAAAGGGAUAGCUAUCAAUUCUUCAUUCGCGACGCUUCCCCAUAUUUUCGACAGUCCCGCACGGCUCCCGAUCGCCCACGGCGGAUAUUGCGACUGCGACGCAAACCUCGACAACCCUUCCCCCACGCCGGUCGCAUCCGCAGUCGACAUCGCAGUCGCAGGCGCAGGCACAUUGCUUUGCUCGAUCUGACUCGAACAAUCGGUCAAUCUCAUACCAAAUCGCUCUCCACCGACCGCGCCCGCACCAACUGCGCCGUGAGUCGUGUGCGUCAUGGCCAU